UCGGAAAACUAUUUCCGGCGUAGAAGAAGAUGCACACGCAGUUGAACGUCAUUUAACUUAAUACAGAUGGGCAAGUUUUCAUCGGGACUAGCUAGUGGAUAACAUAUUGCUUGCGACUCGGCUGAACUACAUAAACGUCUGUUUUCCUUUCGUCUUUGAUAUUACAAACUUAAGCCACUAUGAUUUGUGUCUGCUAGCACUAGCCGACGCGACAGAUGUUGAGCAUAUGUCAAGCAUGCUAAAAGAAGCUAGCUAUACUAGCAUGAAGGAGCUAUGCAUGUAGGGCUCACGUACGUCAGCACUGGUCUGUCAACAUUGAAAGAGCAAGCAUGAGCAGCCUGGAUCGAGACCAGCAUGUCCUCCCUGGUUGCCGUGACAAAACAACAGUCUCUUGUGAUUCAUCAGACACUUGUGAGCUCGCCAAGCCGCCUCUCCAAGGUCUGAAAUUGGCAUCACAUGCAGUGCUGGAGAAAGCACAGCAGAGGGGCAGGUUGAAAUGCUCUAAAUGUGGAGGAUCAAGGAUGUUUUUCUGCUACACAUGCUGCUCAUUAGUGGGUGUCGGCCUGCAAGAAAUCCCCUUAAUCAAGCUUCCUGUGAAGAUAGACAUCAUCAAGCAUCCAAAUGAGACAGAUGGCAAGAGCACUGCGAUCCAUGCCAAGAUCCUUGCACCCAGUGACGUCACCAUAUACACUUACCCCUGUGUACCUGAGUUUGAAAAGGACAAGGUGGUGUUGGUGUUCCCUGGUCCAGGGGCUGUCUCGGUUCAAGAUAUGAUGCAGUAUUUGCAUGACAGGACUGACAGCAGGUCGCGUGACUCCGAUGAACCCCGCAUCAAGAGGCAGAAAAGUGAGGAAGUUCAAGGUGCCACACAAACUGCCGAGAAACCAGAGUCAGGAACCCCAGAUGAAGCAAAGGACUUGGAGUCAAGGGUGUAUCCCCUACAGAGGGUGGUCUUCAUUGACAGCACAUGGAACCAGACCAACAAGAUCAGCACAGAUGAGAGACUGCAAGAUUUGCUCCAGGUAGAGCUGAAGAUGAGGAAAACAUGUUUCUGGCGCCAUCAGAAGGGCAAACCGGACACAUACCUGGCUACUAUCGAGGCUAUUUAUUAUUUCCUCAAAGACUUCCAUGAGCAUUGCCUUGCUCAGGAGUAUAACGGAGAGUAUGAUAACCUUCUCUUCUUCUACUCCUAUCUGCACUCAGUUGUCAACAAAGCCAAGAUUUCUGCUGGGAAAUGCUGAAGAAAGCUGUGGGAAGAAAACUGAAAUCAGCUACAAGAGACUAAACUGACUUAACUGUAGAUGAAGAGUAGAUUCACCUGCAAGCUCUGGCAUGUCUGGCUGAGUGAUAUUUUAUUUUGUAAGGGAUACUGUGACAUCUGUUUUGUAUAAGAAUAUGCAAUAAAAAAUGUCUUUACAAUUAC